AAGGAUCAAAUGAUUAGAGAAACAAGGAAUUGAGGGACUAUAUUAGGAUGAAAAAACAAUAGAAUAAUCAAACUCAACCAAAUUUAAGAGAAAGAGGACCAAAUCCACCUUAACCCAUAAACACAGUGAGAGAGAGAGAGUAUAUUUCCUGAGAAGGGCCGGCAAAUCAUCAAAGACCUUCAUUCAACAAGGUUGAGAGAAAAACCACAUCGUGUCUUGCAAGCAGACACCAGAACUUCUAGUCUAAAUGUGGGCUUUUCAGUCUCCCAAAACUACGCUUCUACCUUCCAACGCCACUUUCUUGCCUCGCCCUUCUCUAAAACCCCCGAUUUGCUCCAUAACCUUAAAUCCCACAGCUUCCACUGCCGACAACAACAAACUAAUCCAAUCUCUUUGCAAACAAGGCAACCUCACACAAGCUCUUGAGCUCCUCUCUCUUGAGCCCAAUCCUGCCCAACACACUUAUGAGCUUCUAAUUCUUUCUUGCACCCACCAAAACUCUCUCCUUGACGCCCAACGCGUUCAUCGCCACCUCCUUGAAAAUGGGUUCGACCAGGAUCCGUUUCUGGCCACCAAACUCAUCAACAUGUAUUCCUUUUUUGACUCAAUUGACAAUGCACGCAAGGUGUUUGAUAAAACGCGAAACAGAACUAUUUAUGUUUAUAAUGCGCUCUUUCGAGCGCUUUCGUUGGCGGGUCAUGGAGAAGAGGUUUUGAACAUGUACCGUAGAAUGAAUUCUAUUGGGAUUCCCUCUGAUAGGUUCACUUAUACGUACGUGCUUAAAGCUUGUGUUGCAUCAGAAUGUUUUGUGUCGCUGCUAAACAAGGGAAGAGAGAUUCAUGCCCAUAUUUUGCGACAUGGAUAUGAUGGAUAUGUCCAUAUUAUGACCACCUUGGUAGAUAUGUAUGCAAAGUUUGGUUGUGUAUCUAAUGCGAGCUGUGUUUUCAAUCAGAUGCCAGUGAAAAAUGUUGUUUCUUGGAGUGCUAUGAUUGCUUGUUAUGCGAAGAAUGGGAAGGCUUUCGAGGCAUUGGAGCUGUUCAGGGAAUUGAUGCUUGAGACUCAAGAUUUAUGUCCGAAUUCUGUGACAAUGGUUAGUGUACUUCAAGCUUGUGCUGCACUUGCAGCACUGGAACAAGGGAGGUUGAUACAUGGAUAUAUUCUUAGAAAGGGACUUGACAGUAUCUUGCCAGUAAUUAGUGCCCUUGUUACUAUGUAUGCUAGAUGUGGUAAGCUUGAAUUGGGGCAACGAGUUUUUGAUCAGAUGGAUAAGAGAGAUGUUGUUUCGUGGAAUUCUUUGAUUUCAAGUUAUGGGGUUCAUGGAUUCGGAAAGAAAGCAAUUGGAAUUUUUGAAGAGAUGACCUACAAUGGUGUAGAACCUAGCCCCAUAUCUUUUGUUAGUGUUUUGGGAGCUUGCAGUCAUGCAGGACUUGUUGACGAGGGAAAGAUGUUGUUUAGCUCGAUGCAUGUAGCGCAUGGGAUAUGUCCUAGUGUUGAGCAUUAUGCUUGUAUGGUGGAUCUUCUUGGGCGUGCCAAUAGGUUAGAAGAAGCUGCUAAGAUUAUAGAGAAUAUGCGGAUUGAACCAGGACCUAAGGUUUGGGGUUCUCUUCUUGGAUCAUGUAGGAUUCAUUGUAAUGUUGAGCUUGCAGAGAGGGCAAGCAUAAGGCUUUUUGACCUUGAGCCUACAAAUGCUGGGAAUUAUGUGCUCCUUGCUGAUAUUUAUGCUGAAGCCGGUAUGUGGGAUGGAGUCAAAAGAGUUAAGAAGCUCCUAGAAGCUAGGGGAUUGCAAAAAGUCCCAGGUCGCAGUUGGAUAGAAGUUAAAAGGAAAAUCUACUCAUUUGUCUCUGUUGAUGAGGUUAAUCCACGGAUGGAGCAGCUCCAUGCUUUGUUGGUUAAAUUGUCAAUGGAAUUGAAGGAGGAAGGCUACGUGCCACAGACCAAAGUUGUGCUCUAUGAUCUCAAGGCAGCAGAAAAGGAACGGAUUGUGCUAGGUCAUAGCGAAAAACUGGCUGUUGCCUUUGGACUCAUCAACAGUAGCAAGGGGGAAGUCAUUCGGAUAACCAAAAGCUUGCGGUUAUGCGAAGAUUGUCACUCCUUUACCAAGUUCAUUUCCAAGUUCGCUAAUAAGGAGAUUCUGGUAAGAGAUGUGAAUCGAUUUCACCAUUUUCGUGACGGGGUUUGUUCCUGUGGGGACUAUUGGUGAUUACAUGCGGUAAUCAUUUUUUCUUUUGAUUUAUUUUUCCUAAUGAUUGGUGAUAAUUUUCAGAAGAGCACAGAGAGAUACAUGUACAGUAGCAACUUGAAGUAUUUGAAUAUUAAUAGUUCUACUAUAUAAUCUUCAGCAAA